AUGACGACGGUCACCUCUAGGCGUCUUCAAAUAUCGCCAUCCAUAACGUACGAAUACUACGUUGCCAAAACUUCGAAAUUUCAUUUACCGAACCUCCUCUUUUUACACGGGUUUCCCUCCACUGCGACCGACUUCCGCCAACAACUAGAGCACUUCGCCUCCCUGGGUUACGGUGUCAUCGCGCCUGAUCUUCUUGGCUACGGCGGAACUUCCAAGCCACAUGACCCGCAAGAAUACACAUGGCGCAAAAUGAGUACACACAUCAAAACCAUACUGGACGCGGAGAACUUCCACACUGUGGUAGGCGUAGGCCACGAUCUAGGUUCAUGGUUCCUCAGCAGACUUUACCACUUUUAUCCUUCCCAGUUCGGGGGUUUGGUGUUCUUAGACGUCGGAUACUCUGUGCCCGGGGAAAAGUUUGAUGUCGAGAUGAUCAACCGAAUGACAAAAGAGAUGACUGGCGAAGAGAGAUUUCGAUACUGGGAUUUCUUUACGGAUGACGAAGGAGUGGCCCUGAUGGAUCGAAAUGUCGAGGCUGUGAUAUCUCUCAUGCAUGCUUCACCUGAAGUCAUGGCUGCCAAUCUCGGGCCGCCUGGGAAAGCUAGAGACUGGGUCUCCUCUGCAAGAAUUGCGCCAGCACAUUCUCUUAGCGACCGCAACGCUCGAGAAAACAGCUACUUUCAGGGAAAAGUUGCCAUAUUCAAGGAAGGGGGAUGGGCAGGUCCGACAAAUUGGUACAAGGCGCUACGAAACAACUUGUCAUAUGAAGAUGAGAAGAACAUGAUCAAAGAACUCGAAGUGCCCGUAUUGUUAGUCGGGUGUGGACGGGAUGAAAUGACGGUAGCCUCAUUCCAGGAUCAGAUGACAAGCCCGUGGGCAAAGGCUGGGUAUCGCUUUGAGGUGCUUGAAACAGGACACUGGGUCAUGAUUGAGGAUACAGACGCUGUUACGCAUUUGUUGCAAGAUUUUGUCAGCCGCUUGAAGUGA